AGAGUUCUCUGCCUUGGUUUUACACACUGCGCAGUAUAAUUGGAAUCAGACCCCGCUAAACUCCAGGCCAGUAGGUGUCAGCAACACUCAGGGGCGACUGGUGCCGGAAAAGUAGACGAAGAAGACGAAAGGUAGCCUGUACCACUGCCCAUCCACUAAAUCCUCUGUUUUUUUUUUUUUUGAUUUUGUAGUAUAAAACGUCCCAAGUGGAAUCAAGAUUCAGUGAGGACAUGUCUGACCCCUGGCAAGAGUGUAUGGACCACUGCAUUGCAGUUACAAGAAAGGCUGGAGAGAUGAAAAGGAUGUUCACAUUUUGUACAUUGGCAGACAGAUAAUUGUAAACCCAUUUUGGAAUUUUAAAAUCAAAUGCAAUGUUUUUGGCUUAUAGCACAAAAAUGCCCAGAUGAUCCGGGAGGCUCUGAAGAAGGACAUCUCUGUCAUGCAGAAAAGCUCCCCGGUGGACCUGGUGACGGAGACGGACCAGAAGGUUGAGGCCCUGAUCAUAUCCUCCAUCAGAGAGAAGUACCCCGGUCACAGCUUUAUUGGGGAGGAGUCUGUAGCCACAGGGUCAUCCAGCAUUCUUACGGAAAAUCCCACAUGGAUCAUCGACCCCAUAGAUGGAACCACUAACUUUGUCCAUAGGUUUCCGUUUGUUUCAGUGUCCAUCGGGUUUACAGUUAACAAAGAGAUCGAGUUCGGGGUGGUGUACAGCUGUGUCGAGGAUAAGAUGUACACAGCCCGCAGGGGGAAAGGAGCAUUUUGCAACGGGGAGCCCAUCAAAGUUUCAGGCCAGGAAGAUAUCACCAAGUCUGUUGUUUUAACGGAAAUCGGCUUCAAGGAAAAUCGAGAUCACUUCAAAACCAUGAUGUCCAACAUCCAGAAUAUCUUGACCAUCCCUGUACAUGGCAUCCGCUGUCCAGGAAGUGCGGCUGUCAACAUGUGUCUGGUGGCAUGCGGCUCAGCGGACGCCUACUAUCACAUCGGAAUACACUGCUGGGACAUGGCAGCGGGCGCCGCCAUCGUCACUGAGGCUGGUGGGGUCAUCAUGGACACCACUGGGGGCCCCUUCGACCUCAUGUCCCGCCGGCUGAUCACGGCGAGCAGCAGGCCCAUCGCCGAGCGGAUUGCUCGGCAAAUCCAGCAGUUCCCGUGUGGUCGAGACGAUGAGGAGAGCUCGUAAGCUCUCAGGGAUGCACAUACACGCACGUACAGCCAUGCCACAUCUGGGCCAAACCCCAAAGAUGCACUUGCCAGUGUUGUGUCUGUCUUUGAAUUUUCUUUGUUUUUAUUUUCAUUUAGACUAUUUAAUUUAACACUAAGUCUGACUUCUGGCCAGCGAUUUAUUUAUAAGGGCAUUUUGGCAGGCAAGCACUCCAAUACCUGACCUUUGUGUGAAGGUUUUAGUAGCAAUCAAAGGGGCAAUCAAAUCAUUGGUAGUGUUGCAAUUCCUGCAUAGCUGAUGUUAAAUAGUGAUGAGGCACUUUGCUUUAAUUAAAUUAAAUGAUUAAAUGUGUUAAAUAACAUUCUUAAAGGUUCUACAUAUAUCAAUGACUAGUUUAUAGCUUGUGAUCCAAUUUAUGUUGGCAGACAAAAUAUUGGCAAAUUUGUUUGUUGGAGAAAUAAGGCUAUUCACAUGUUUAAAGACAACAUUUCCAGUAGUUUAUUAUAUGUUUUGCAGUGUCUUUAAGGCCUUUAAGAACCACUUAAUUAUUGAGAUGCUUCACAUUCUCUCACAUUUAUUCAAGAAAAGUGAUCUACAGAGCCUUGAACCACUUAACACUACAUUGCAGAGACAACAUACAUAAAAUACCUGGGUGUAUAUAUCAGGAUGUGUGAAACAUUAGGGUUUGUUCAGUAUAUUUGCUGGGGAUAUUCAUGUAGAUGGUCUUGGAAAGCAAACAUUUCAUGCUGGAUGUGAAGAAAAUAAAUAUUGAAAUAUAAA